CUGUGUUGGUCAGCCGCCUAUCGACCUAUCGAUUCGGGCAGUCGAUAAUAGGAACUCGGAGUGCAGCAAAAGUGCGGGAAAUCUCCGGAAAUGCUUUAACUAACGAACCCUUUGCUCCGCGAGCGUUGACAGCCGUCAGAUUCGUGCACAGUGUAUCUGCCCAAUGUUCUUGUCAAUUGUUGUGUGAAACUAGCCAGUUUGACCGUUUCCUUUUGGUUUUUUUCUUCUCUACCUCUUCGUGCGCGAGGGAGACGGAAGCAGUCCCCAGCAUUCGCAUUCACCAUUUUCUCCCGUCUUCGCUUUUCCCUUUGUUUGCGGCGGCGGCGCUCGUUUUACGGCCGUGCAAAUCGAAUAAAAUCGGCGAAAAUCGAGCAAAAAAUAGCGCAAAGUGCAGCUGCCCCGGGCGGCAAUGUAAAUAAACAAGGCUCGCAUGAGCAGUGCCUCGAUAAGCCAGCAAAAUGCGCGUAAAAGGCGAGAAUCAGUGACGAAAACAACAACUACGUGCUGCUGCGUUCAUUGACGUGACGCGCGAGCGUGUGUGUGUUCGUGUGUGUGUGUGUGCUGGCUGCUUCCGUGUGUGUGUGAGUGGUGUGUGUCAAAAAAGCGUUUUUCAAACAACGAGCCAGCAACAAACAAAUCACCACAACACGUCACAAAUUGCAACAGAAUCCGAAGCAGCAACACCUUAAAUCAAAAGAGCCCCCCAGCAACAGCAAUAACAACAAAAUCAUCAUCUGUCGUGUUCUCACAGAGUGGGAAGAAGAAGAAGAAUAAGAAGGAGGAAUAGCGUGAGAGAAGGAGAGAGGGGGCAAAAAGAAAGUCAACAGUCGCGUGUGAAAUGAAAUUCGAAAAAUGUCAGCGUGUGUGUGUGUUGAGUGUAUAGAAUUGAGUAAGAAGCAGCGCGGCAAAAGGAAAUAAGCUAAAGCCAUAGCAUGAAAAGGAACUACCAGCAAUCGGCAGCAGCAGCAACAACAACAAACAACCAAUGAAGCAGUCAAAUUUGGCAUAAUUUGCAUUGGCCGACGUUUUUGUCUCUAAAAGCCCCCCAAAAAAAAACCACCACACAACACAAGCAGCACAAAUCUUUUGCCAAUGAGUCGCAGACAGUCAUUGGAUCGACCAGGAAUAUUGUCUCCUCCGGGUCCGUUUCUGACGCCCAGUCCAUCGCCAUCGAUCUCAGCUAGCCCUCGUCUUCAGCCAUCGCCAUCGCUCUCGCCGUUCCCACAGGAUGUGGUGCUCGUAGCCGGUGGCAGUCAAGUAAACGCCAACAGCAAUCCCCAGGAACACGAGCGCAAGGCGGCGACGCCUGGCAGGAGACAGUCCAUCCACCAGUUCACCAAUGGCAGUCCCAAUGCUGGAACCGUCGUCUUCCAGCCGAGCCCCUCACAAUCGCCGGCCGCUGCCACGACGGUCAUCGGCGUGACCAGUGGUGGCCUGAUAGCCACCGCCGCAGGAGGAACUGGAGCCGGCUUAGGUGCCGGUGUAGCAGGAGGAGCUGGUAGCAGUGCCGGAGUGGGAGUGGGUGUCACACUGCAUGGAAAUGCCAUUGGGAACGAGCUGAAUGCCACUCUGGUGGGUUCCAAUAAUAUCCAGCUCAAUAAGAAGGGCACCAAGCGGGCAACCCAGCAGCAGCAGCAGCAACAACAGCAACAGCUGGGCCACCAGAUCUUCAGCAGCGCCGUUGCACCCACCUCGAUCAGCAGUGCGACUGCGGUGGCAGCCGGCGGAGGAGGCUAUGGACAGUUCAAUGCCACCGCCAUCAGCACGCCCACCUCGUUUGCCACCUCGGUUGGCAGUGUGGUCACCAGCAGCGGCGCCAAAGGUCCGACGAAGGGUCAGAAGGGGCAGCAGCAGCAGCAGCAGCAGCACCAGCAGUUCCAGCACUACCAGAGCAGCAGUCCCCUGAUAGCGGACAGUCCCAUCCCGAGUCCCAGCGGCGCCAUAGCAGCGGCUGCGAUUAAGCCUCCAACUCCGCAGCCCCAACCCAUGCAGAUGCUGCCCCAGCAGUUCACCAUCUCGCAGCAGCCGCAGCAACAGCAGCAGGCGCAGCAGGUCUUCCAGUUUAUCCAGGGACCGCAGGGCCAGCUCAUAGCCACCACGCAACAACAACAGCAGCAACAGCCCAUCCAGCAGCAGCAGCAGCAACAACAACAGCAGCAACAGCAACCACAGCCUCUCCAGCAGCAACAACAUCGAUUCGUUAGCAAUGCCGGAGUCACAAUGCCAACCGGCAAGACCGGCAAGGCACCGCAACAAAUCCUGCCCAAGCCGCAGCAGGAGCUGCAGCAGCAAAAGAAGGGCUCGACCGCAGGUGGAGCGCAGAUCUCGCAGUCGCCGCAACAAACUGGCCAGGCCAACAAUCCCACCCAACAACAACAGCAGCAGCAGCAGCAACAGCAGAUCCUGCUACCUGCAACCACCAACCAGCAGUUGCUCCUCAACCAGAUGCCCGUGCUGGUGCAGCAGAAUCCGCAGGGCGUGCAGCUGAUCCUGCGUCCGCCCACGCCCCAGCUGACGACCACGCCCUCUCUGGUCAUCCAGCAGAAUGCCCGGGGACAGCCGCAGCUGCAGACGCAGCCGGCCCAGCAGCAACUGCUGCGGAUAGUGGGCACCAAUGGAGCGACCAUGCAGCUGGCUGCCGCGCCCACCUUCAUUGUGUCCUCGCAGGCGAACCUUAUCCAUCAGACGGCGGCGGGUCAGUUCCAGAGCGCCAUCAAGACGGGCACGCAGCUCACGGGUCUGCAUGCGGCCCUAGCACAGGCACAGGCCCAGGCGCAGGCGCCACGAUCUCAGCCGUUUGCCACGACGGCCACGUUGAACACCCAGCUCCUCGGCCCAAGUGUGGCGGCUCAGCUGCAGAACCUGCAAUUGGCGGCUGCCCAAAUCCAAAUGCCCAACGGCCUCACCGCGAUCUCCCAGCUACCAGCUCAUCUGCAGCAGAGCUUGGGUGGAGCCACCAUCAAUCUGAAUCAGCUGAAUGGGGCGCACUUGCAGCAGAUAGCCAAUGCUUUUCAGACGCCGCAGGCUCCCGGAACAAACAACGGCGGAGGUGCGAGCACGACGGCGGAGCUCUUUACCCAGUCGUCGCCAGCGCAUGUGCCGCUGGCCGUCACCCCGGAGCCACUGCGUCAACCGACGCCGGUGCCCAUGAUGCAGCAGCAACAGCAGGCGGCGAUGGCCACCAUCCAGUUGCAGCAGCAGCAGCAACAACAGCAGCAGGCGCAGAUCCAACAGUUGCAGCAUCAAUUGCAGCAAACGCAGUCCCAGGUGCAGCAGGCCCAGCAAUCUGUCCAGGCGACCACUGUUCCAGAGCCGAAGAAGAAGCCGCGACCGCGCAAGAAGAAGCAGGCGCCAGCAGCAGCAGCCCCAACUCCAGCAGCAGCCGCACCCGCUCCUUCAGUGGCGCCCGUCGAGGUGAGGCCACCGACACCCCAGAAGAUAGUCAUUGCGGCCACGCCCACGCCACCGCAAGUAGUGCGCUCCAAGUCGCCUUCGCCACCACCAACGACAAUCCAGCGGAGUAGCAACGGAAAGUUGGAUCUCGGCGAUGUGAUGAAGUUCUGCGGCAUCACUGGCGACGACGACGAUGACGAGGACUACGGCAUGGGCUUGGACACUGGGCUAGCAACCGAACCCGAGCCAGCGACUCAAGCCCAGGCGACUCCCAGCAGCGGAACAACGACGGCAGGCAGCAGCGGCGACAUCAUGAUCUCCAUACCGAACCAAAACGGCAGCGAUGGCCUGCCCUUCACCCUGACCAUUCCCGCUCCGCAGCCCCAGUCCUCGACGGCCUCGCAAUCGGGAAACGAAUCAGCCACCGAAAUACCAAAUAUCCUCAUCAAGAUCGAUCCUAGUGCGGAGGCGGCGGUGCCGCCGUUUGGUCUGUCCACUCCGCGGCUGCCCACAGCCGAGGAGAUCCAGAAGCAGGCGCAGCAGCAUUUGGCGCAACAGGCGGCAGCAGCUGCAGCGGCGGCGAAGGCGACCACCACUGCCACACCGACCAUAAACAUAAGCCUGCCCAGCAUGACGCUGCAGCCGCAGGUGACUCCGGCACCCAUGGCAACGCCCAACCCGGCGCCAACUUCCAACCCCGUGUCCACAACGGUGGCGGUGAAGCCAAGGAGAAAGCCUGCGGUGCGGAAGAACGCCAAGAAACCGGAAGUAAUCACCAGCAGCAGCGGCAGCACCAUGAUCUCGUCGAGCAGCGGCACCACCACCACGAUCAGCAGCAGCACCAGUACCAUCCUAAGCAACAGCCAACCCACCACUGUGAACACCAUCACGCUGACCACGCCCACUCCCGCCACGAGCAGCAGCAAUUCCACACUGAUGCUGACCCACGGAACGCCGACGGCUGUGCCGAGUCAGAUUGGCAACAUUCAGAUCUCACAGGUGCACAAUCAUCACCAGUCCGCCCUGCCGGUGAGCAGUGCGGUGGAGAACAAGAUCCAAAUAAUGCCGAUCCUUCCACCGGGAGCAACGGUGAUGGGGGGUACACCGGGAGCGGGGUCCCAUGCGCCCACCUCCCAGUCCACCCAGUUGGUAUUUCAGCCAACGGUUCCCUCGGUGGCCCCGACGAUCAGUACGGAAUCCACAGGGUUCAAGUUGUCCAGCGAUGGUCGACAGAUGCAACUGGUUGCCAUACCGCAGGCCACUCCACCGCCGACGACAGCCAGUACCGCCCAGCCAGCGGUCUCUACGACGCCCACGCCGGCCCUAACCGCCGGUGGAGCCACGAUUCUGCCACCUCAGUUAACUGGAAUGCCCGCCAAUGUAUCGGUUUCAGUGGGAUCUCCUGCAUCGGCUGCGGCCCUGGUUCCACAGCUCACUGGUAGCCUCACGCUCACCGUGUCCGAGCAAUGCGAGCGACUGAUUCUGCGACAUGAUCCCAACAAUCCGCAGGACCAUCAAUCGCAGCUCAUCCUGCAGGCACUGCUCAAGGGUGCCCUGCCCAAUGUGACCAUCAUCAAUGAGCCGACGCGCGUGGAUCCCAACAAGCAGCCAACGCCGAUGUUGCAAUCCCAACAGCAAGUCAUCCAAAUCCCCCAGCCAGUCGCUCCACCUCAGACCAUCCUGCAGCAGCAACAGGCGCAACCCAAGGUUUCAACAGCUCCCAAAAUAGAAGUUAAAGUGGCCAACAAUAGAAAAAUGUCAGGACAGGGAGCACAUACCGCCAGCAGUAUGUUGGGGAUGACGAGCACCACAACCACCAUGUCGACGAUGAAACCACCGGCCACAAUGCCCGCCAAGCAGAACGAAGUGAUGUCCUUCCCGCCUCUGCCGCUCAACUCGCAGGUUCUCAUCCAGCAGCAGCCACUGAUCCCCGCGCAGCUGCAGCCCCAGUUGCAACCGGUCACCGUGCCCGUGAGCCUGCCCACUCAGCCUGCAACCAUCUCCGUGCCAAUACCCUCGCCGGCGCCUGCUCCGCAACUGGCCAACAGCGGACAGCAGCGCUACAUAGCCCUGCCGCCUAUCGAUCCCACCACUCAGCAGUUGUUCUGCCUGAACAGCGUGACCAAUCAGAUCACGGCGAUGAGCGCGGGCCAAACGGCAGCUUCGAUUGGACCCACAGAACGCCUGCUCAUUGCCCCGGCCGGGAUAAAUGCCCAACAGCUGGCCCAGUGCCUGCAGUUGGGACAACUCCAUUUCAACGAUGUUAAUCCCUUGCCCACCCAGCAGCAGCAGCAGCAGCAAGUGGCGGUCAGUGGUGCCUCAUCGUCGAUGGCACUUUCUAUGCCACUGCGACCUCAGCCCCCGCAGCAGCAGAUCGUGCAUCCCAUCCAGCCGAUCAGUAAUGGCUUGGCCAUCACCACAACGGCCAGUACCACACUGACCACGACCACGAGCACCACCUCACUUACCACGGUAACCAAGCAGGUGGCCAAUGUGGCGCCGAUAAUCGAUCAAAGCAAGGCGAAACUGGAGCCGGCCAAGGCAGCCACCAGUGGUGCUGCUGGUGGAGCGGUGGUCAAAAAGAAACCGGUGCGGAAGCCCAAGGCGACGCCGACGAAUGCCUCUGAGCUGGCAAAUCUGAAGAACGCCAGCGUGGUUAAGCCGAUGCCAAAGUUGGACCCCCUCUCGCAGAAGCCCAACAAUAAUCCGGUGCAGAUUGUCCAACCGAAUGUGGCCAGUGGCAAACAGAUGAUUGUGGUGGGCAGCUCCAGUUGCACAACAACCACCACGACCACGAUGAGCGCCAGCAUCCAGCCCUUCCAGACGACGAGUGGCACCAAGUUGGUGGGCGUCACGGUGCCCAUGCAGCAGCAACAACCGUCGGGCACGGCGGCGAUAUUGCAACAGCAGCAGCAACAGAGGACGAGCUUCAGCUUGACGGCCACCACGGUGGCUACUCCUGCUCCAAUGCCAUCUCCAACAGUGGCUUCUGGAGUCAGCCAACUGCAAUUGCAGCAGCAGAUGCCACCCCAACAACAACAGCAGCAGCAGCAGCAGCAGCAGUUGCAAGCCCAACAGCAACAAUUGCAGGCUCCCAAGCAACAACAGCCGCAACCGAACACUGUGUCCCGGGUGCAGACCAUCCAACUAACACCACAAAUGCAACAGGUUUUCAAGCAGGUCCAAAUGCAGAUCCAGUUCCUCACAAUAAAGCUGCAGAACAAAACGACCUUCCUGCCCGUCUCCCCGGAAAUCGAUCCAGCAACUAUUGCCGCCUACAACAAGCCGAUGACCGAUGCGGAAAUAAAUCUGGCACUGCAGCGACUCUUUGCCGAGCAGCACCGAAUCCUGGCCUCCGGCAAGGAGGUGCCCACUCCGGAGGGCAUGUUGCCGACGGCCAACGGAAGUGGAGGAUUUACGCUGAUGCCACAGGCGGUGCAACAGCAGCCGCAACAGCAGCCUCAGUUGCAACCGACGGUCUCUGAGCCAUUGAAGACUAUCGUGCCUGCCAAUGUGGUGCAGCCCAACAACCAUUCAUCCACCACAGCAGCCGGAGCAGCCGCUGGCGGUGUCGCAGCUACUCCCAAUGCCCAGCAGAACAUAACGCAGCGGAUACACAUCUAUCCCAUGCAGCACCAGCAGCAGCAGCAACAGCAACAGCAGCAGCAGCAACAGGCGGGCAACAAACAAAAGCAGGUGCAAUCCAAACCGCAGCAGGAGCAACAAUCACAGCUGCAAAUAAAACCCAAAGAGCCGGCCAACAGGAACAAAGCCAAUAAUACCCAGCAGCUGCAACAAAGCCCACAGCAACUGCAGCAACAGCCACCCAACGGAAGCAUCAAUAUGUUACCACAAAAAGUAAACAUGCUGCCCGUUGUCCAGCAGCAACAGCAACAACUACAGCAGCAGCAGUCGCAACAGCAGCCAGCAAUGCUCAACAAAAGCGGACCACCACCGCUGAUCUUCUCCAGCUCCACCAAUCUGCUCAACAACAGCAACAGUAGCAACACUCUCACUAGCAACUCUGUAAUGCAGGUGAACAGCAUGUUGCCGCUGCCACCAUUGCAACCUCAACAGCAGCCGCAGCAGCAGCAGUUACAGCAGCAGCAACAGCAGGCAACACCAAUCCUGCCACCAGUAGCUGCAUCAAUGGGUGUGGGACUUGGAGUGGCGCCAGGACCGAUUGGAAAUCUGGUGCCAACACUGCCGAGCAUACCGAGCCUGCCCCUUUACAUGCCAAACAAAAUGGACGAAAUGCCAACGCAGAAACCCAAAAUAGCACGCCUCUCCUUAUUCGUGCGCCAACUGGAGGUCGACCAGGAGAGCUGCCUGAAGCCGGACUACGUCAAGCCCUUCCGCACCAAGGACGAGGCGGUUAAGAGGCUCAUCAGGUACCAUUGCAUGCAUGAAAACGAUGUGGAGUUGCCGUCCGACGAGGACGAGGAGUUUGAGUCCACUGCUCUGGGAUUCCAGGACAAGUUCAGACAGCUUAAUGGCAAGUUCCAGGAAAUACUAAUGCAGGAAUCAACGUUACCACAUCGCACCUCGGAGCUGCUGCAAAUGCAACAGCUGAUGAUCGACGAUCUCAAGGGCGAGAUCAACGAAAUUCGCACCGCUGAAAAGGAGCUGGAGCAGCAGCUGAAGGAGGAGCAGAAUAGCGAGAAAACAACGCUGGCCAGCGAACUCCAGCCAGAGGCUAAGGUGAAGGAGGAGAUUAAACAGGAACCGAUCGAUAAGUCAGCCCAUCCGGACGGCGUGGUGGACAAGUUUGAUUUGUUGAAAAACAGCGCUGAUGUCAACAAGGCAUUCAGCAAGUCGCAGCCACAGCAGAGUGCGACAGUGAAGCUGGAGGAAAGCAACGAAGCUGGCGAAGCCACAGUUAAUGGAUCUGUGAAGAGCGAGGGUCAGGACAAGGAGUCAUCGUCGAAGUAUAUCAAAAAAGACUACGACAAUUUCGAUAUCGAGUCUGAGCUCACCACCAGCUUCAUCAUGAAAAAGGUGGAGAACAAAGCGGCUUUGGCCAAGAGCGCAGAGGCUCGCUACCAAGAACGAAACUUGAUGGACCAACAACAGCAGCAACAUCAGCAGCAACAACAUAUCAAGGGCAAUGGAGGAGACGCAGUGGAUCAGGAUGAUAGCUGGUAUUGCCUGCAAAAGGAGCUUAAUCUUAUGAAUAAUGAUGCAAUGCAGCAACCGCCUCAACAACAGCUUAAUGGCAACCAGCAGCAUAUGCCCAUCAGCCGCCAAACAGCGCAGCAGCAACAGCAGCACUUUAUGGACAACUCCAACUCCAACAAUAUGAUGAACAACAGCAACCACAUGUCCGACCUGUUUCCCAACGGCUGCAUUGACAAGAGCAACCAAAGCACCACCAGCAGCAGCAACAGCAGUUGCGUUAGCGAAAACCAUGCCGGUUCCAAUCCCGUCAAGACUGUCUCCUCUUGCAGUGGCCAGCGCGAACAGCCGGUGGUCAUUGAUGCUGAGCAACAGAACGAGCAUCCGGCCAUCAGUGAGUUAUUCAGCAGUGACUCGGAUGUACAAAAGUCCGUGGAGACGCGACUGGAGGCAAUGUUCGGAGAGUCACCCGUGCAUCUGGACGUGAAGAGCAGCAGCGAUGCGCACGACAUUGAGUCCAACCUGGAUGAGAUCUUUGGCGAUUCAAAAUCGCCGGCGGUCAACCACAAGAACAAGUUGAACAUGUGGGUGCCAGAUGCCACAUUUAUGCAGCAGACGCCACAGCAACAGGCGCCGCAACAGCAGCAGCAGUAUGCAGGCGCUCAACAACCAUCACAGCAGCAACAUCACAUUGAACUGAACUGCAACAAUAACCCACGCUGGAUGCAAAGCAUGGAGGCGCACUACAGCGACUUCCUCUCCAGCGGAACCAGCAACGGCGAGCUGGUGAACGGAGGAGAGUCGCGGAAACGUAGCUGGGAUAGCCAGCUGAUGGGCUCCGGCAGCGAUAUGGAAGAUGACAACAGCAGCAAACGCAUGUGCACUGCCUCGUCGUCGUCCUCUUCAUCGCCCAUGUCGUCGCAGCAGCAGCAACAUGUCCAAGUGCCUCAGCACGGUCUCCUGGACUCGGACAUGCUGCCAGCUGGAUUCCCUCAGAUGUUGAUGGAGCAGCAGCAACAGCAGGUUCAGCAGCAACACAACUUUUCCUAUGGCAAUAUAAUGGAUCAGCAGCAGCAACAACAGCACCAGCAGCAACACUUCCAGCACAACCUGCAGCAACAGAUACAGCAGCAACAGCACCAGCAGCAGAUGCAUGUCAACCACAUGGGCGGAGCAGCAGUGGUGGCUGGCGGAGAGUACGACGAUGACAUCAGUCGGCAUGUGGCCAGCGCCAUUGACAGCAUCCUCAAUCUGCAGAACAGCGGUGACUCGCUGCAGUUCUCCCUGGGCUCGAUCCUGGGCGACAGCACGCUGGACGAUCAGCGACAGGCAGGCGGCAAUAUGCCCAGCUGCCAGCAGGAGCAGGUGAUUCAGCGUCGCCGCCAACUGGGCGAGGAGAUGAACGACUGCCUGAUCAGUGGCGGUGGUUCCGCAGUAAGUGGAGUGGCGGACAACAGCAGCAACAUACUGCUGGAGCACCACCACCACCAGCAGCAUCAGAUGAUGCAGAGCCACCAGCAACAGCCGCACCUGCAGCACCAUCACCAUCAGAACAUGUCGCAGGCCCAGGCGGAGCAUUUCGGGCAACUGAACGACUUUAGCUGCGUGGCCGGCGGCUUGGACGAUCCGGUCAAGUCGAUAAUGACCUCCUGACUUGGAGCGCCUAGCACCACCGCCGCGGAGAACGCCUCCAACAGUCUGAUACUAGAGUUUAAUGCCACCACCUUGUGAAAAACGAUUGAUAAUAAUGAAUUCCUGAUUGUAUAGAUACCCGUCUUAGUUGUCCUUGGUUAUUGUUUUACCCCCGAGUACAACCUUUAAUUAGAUCUAAGUUGGAACCGUAGCAUAAAUUGUUUUUACUUAUUGUUUGUAUUGUUUAGUCCAAUGUUUUGUACAAUAUUUGACCAACCCUCAAAUUACCAAUUACUUAAUGCAAGGGGAAUGAAGGAGGAGAGAGAGAGAGGUGAACGUGUAGGCAUCGGCAUCUGUAGUACGACAGCCCCAAUAAAGCGAAGAAAGCAAUUGACGUGGUGAAUUGAAAACUAAACGACGAAUAGCAUCAAAUGCUUCUCACAGAGGUACACUAAACGGAACAUAAUAUUAUAAAUUAUAUAGCUACAGUAACUAAGAGAAAGCCCCUAGACAAUUUAUUCAAAUGAAACCAAGAAAAGUACGUAAGAAACUGAAGGCAAUGAUGAGAUGAGGAGGAAUCACGCGCAAAACAAAAGGGAGGGAAAACGAAUUGGUUGUAUAAUUCAUAAUUAAGUUACUUGAAGCAAUUCUGAGAAACAAUUAAAAUCACGUUGCCAAUUUUGUUGUCGUUGGAAUAUCAGACAGAGCAAUUUAUCCGCAUCCAAUCGAUUUUAGAAGCCCAGAUAAAAUAUAUUUAUUUAAGCAUUACGUUGCGAAAAAGUUUUGUACAUAGUUAGAGCAUGCAGCAGUUUCAUUCGCGCCCCCGGCAACUGUCUAAACAGAUUAUAAAUAUAUAUAGCUAAGCAUUUUAAAAGAAAGGAAAUAUCAUUUCAAGCGCUUUACGUACGACUGCUUCUGAUAUUACAGACAAACAAACCAACCAACCAACCAACUAACUAACCUAUUGACGUGCUCAAUUCGAGAGUAAAGAAUAUUUCGGCAUAGCUACGGGUGUCAUUGGAAAGCAAAUGCAAAGAUCUUAGGGAUUAACGAGUACCAACUAUGGCAAACUACGAAGCAAACCAAAAGCAGUUCAAAAAUCACAAUUUUAGCCAAUUUAGUUUAAACAUUUAUAAAUUAUUGAAUCUAAUGUAAUAUCUUAUACACUUAAACCGAUCGAUUGAAGAUGAGUUGAGGAAUGACAGGAAAAACAAAAAAAAAAACAAAACAAAUUAACGAAUCGUAUCAAUUGUAUCUUGAUCUUGCGACAAAUCUGACUUGUGAUUUGUGCCACGUUUUAAAUAUAGAUGUCUGAUUAGCUUGUAAACAUACAUAAUAAAUACGAUUAAAGUCUAUGCAAGAAGCAAAAACGAAAAAGAGAACACCCACACUCAGUAAGCCACUACAAAGCUUAUCCAAAACGAAUCGGAAUCGCGAGUUGAGAGUCGCGAGUCGCGAAAGCAAUUGUAAAUGUUUGGCGUGGGGAGGGCGGGCGCCACGCAUCAAUUACAUACCAAUUACAAUACUAACUACUACUUUAAUACCACCACUAACACACCUACUACGAUACGUACUACCGUGGACGGAAUGCUUGUAUUACGUGUAGUCUGUAAGGGAACUUCGAGAGGUACCAUAUUUUAAGAUGUGCUUCGAUAAUUCAGGCCCCCACACCCAUGAUUCCUAGACCAUAACCCGCACCCAUCCCCAUCUCCCCCGUCUGAGUUGCAUGAUCUUGUAUUUCUAUUUUGAAACUUUCUAGUUAUUAUUCAAAGACAAAUAACUUUGGUGUAAAAAUGUAUAUGUAAUAGCAUAAUUUAAGUUGGCAACCCAAAACUGAAUAAAUUUAAAUCUAUUGAUAGAUCAUUAAUGCGAAUUGUUUUAAGUUGUAUUUAGAACAAAAUCGAACUCAGAACUCAAUCGGUCGCCCCUCCCGCAACCACCUUUCCACAACAAGAACAACCGCAACAACAAAGAGCAGUGUCGUCAUUUGAAUUGUUCAGCUAAAUGUGUCUAAAUGUAAUUUAACAUAAAGAGAAAACUAAAGAUUUUUAAACAAACAUUGUGAGUUUUAAUUAAACAUCAUCAGCAUAGGGAGAGAGAGACAGCAGAGCAAAGGAAACAACUUUAAUAUUUGAUAGUUUAUUAAGCCCAUCCAUUCAUAGUCGUCAUAAACAUUAAGUACAUAAAACAAAGCAAAAACAAAACAAACAAAGGAUUCAAUAUAAAUCUCACUGAAACGCAACAAACCGAAAGCCCAACUGAGAACGAAAACUAAAUAAAAAGAAAAUGCAAUCAAA